GUAUCUCGUCUGGUGUAAAUAAAAGGAUACGUCGUCGUCCUCCUUAAAGCAGCUUUUUAGCAGCCAAACUAUUCACGAUUUCAUUACACUACUAGCAGCCACUCAGCCGACUUGUGUUGAAAUUUUCACGUUCAUAUACUGGUUCCCAUAUACAUUCUUGUAAAGAUACUUAUUCUGGUCUGCUUUAAUCUUCUUCUGCUAAGUCAAGCCAGUCGUGAACUGGAAGAGGUGGUGGUAAAUUGAUUGUAAAUCUCGGCCUCUCAAAUUCUGCAGUUCCGCUUCCUCUUCGUGCAUAAUCGUAUGGAAAACCCACUUCAAUAAUCUGAAGACUUACUUGGAAUUUUACAAUACAGCUACAAACACAUUACAACACGACUAUAAAUAUGAUGAUAAUUUGACUCAUCAAACAAACCCACCCAUUCUCCAACUUAACUGUGUUCUAAUACAUAAAAGGUAUAUCUUCUUUCAACCUUUGCAUACACAAAAUUGGAUUUAAUGUGGAGUUCAAUCUAUUUACCAACCAAAAUGGAAGAACUUAAAUUUGAAGCCCCACUGGCUCAAUUAGAGGAUUUUGUAGAUUUGUGUUCAGAUCUGCAAAACCUUUGCGAUCUCAAGUCAUCCAAUUUCAACAUGAACGGGAACAGUGCUGCAGGAAGUAGCAAUUCUAACGGAAAUUCCAACGGGAACGGGGGCAUGUUCAGCAGUGGGGGAUUUGGGGGGGACGGGAACGCCAACUCCCAUGCCCAGCAGCAGCAGCAGACGCUGCAGCAGUGCGCGGCCAAGGGGUUGGAACAAUUACUCAUGAAGCAGGCCUUGGACGAGGACAACAAUGACGUUGUCGUCGUCGAGGGAGACGGCGUUUUUACGGACACGUUCUCCGGCUCCCUCGAAGACCUCGUCAACACCUUUGACGAAAAGAUUACUAAAUGCUUCAACAACCUGGAUGAGACGACAGAGAAGCUGGCUCCCGUACAAAUGAGGACUCAAGAGGAACUUAUGAAUGAUUGCCAAAUGUGGUGGACAAUCACGGGCAAUUAUGGAAAUAUUCAAUGGGACUGGUCCAAAACAUAUGCUCGAAAACUACAGAUACCAACUCUCAACUUGAAUGAACAGGUCAGCAAGAUGACCGAGGAGGAGUUUAGCAGCCUGAGCGACGAGGACGAAGCGGUGGCGAGCGAUCUGGACAUGCACUCGCUUAUCUUGGGUCGCGCCCACGAGCCAGAACCCGAACCACCAACCGCCGAUGAAGUAAUCAAAGAGAUCGACUUUAUUAUGCAGGAGACUCCAGAAUCUGAAUGCUGUUCGGAGGGAGCCUGUAGCUGUCAAGACAGCAGAAGUGACAAGGCAAAGUUCUGCACGGCCCCGUUCUACAGAGAAAAACUGAACGAGUUAUCCCUCAACGAGUUGAACGAAUUACUAAUCGAAUUGGAAGCCCAAAUUAAAGACUACUCUGAAGUUCUCAUUAAUGAGUUGGCACUUCGGGAUGAGUUGGAGUUUGAGAAGGAGUUGAAGAAUUCGUUUAUUUCGCAUCUCCUCGCCGUGCAAACCAAGCGACGACAGCACAAUUUAGACAGGAAAAAGAACAAGGUUGGCGAGAAAGGUGGACCUCCCAAUGGGACUACUCAGCAGUCCAAGUAUCUCACAACGGUCAUUCCAUACCACGCCCACAAUGGCCCACCUACUAAUCCAAAUUUGCAAGUACUCAUCAAAAUCCUCAAGGCAAUCGAACAAGAUAGCCCAGCCGUACCCACUCUGCUGACCGACUAUAUCCUCAAAGUACUCUGUCCAACGUAAAAUCAACUACCUUCAACUUUGGCGUCAGCAGCGUUUAUUUUAACCUUAUUUAACCUAACGACUCCAAUGACCAGAUCAUUUUCUUUCUGCAAAUGUUCUUCAUUCCCAAAAAAUCUAUACUGAAAAACGUAUUGUUUCAAACUCUGCCUUCUAAUUACCAGUUUCAAGCGAGUACUGCUUACAAUUAACUUUUUGGUGCGGUACCAAAAUCGAGAAGAAAUGGGAUGCUGUAUCUCAUCCACUGAUUUUCUAAAUUUUCCUCUACAUCUAAAAUAGUGUCACGAAAUCUUUCUCGUAUUCUCAAAAAUGCAAAAUUAACCAACCAACACCGCUUUAUUAUUAGGAUUACACAUACGCUGUGCUGCUAUGUACAAAAAUCAGUAACAUAUUAAUCGUGUGCCCAAAGGUAGUUGUCAAAAAUACGGCUUGAAUGCAACACAUAUUUCUACGUUAUUCUUCUGGUUCUCAUUAUCUACAUGAUCACGAACGAGUGAAACAUAUAGAAUUCAAGUUCCAUGUAUGAAAAUUCUCAUAUUUCUGCCCCCAACACAGAUCUAUUUGUAUGUGUGUGGCAACAUUAUAUAUAACUUCAACUAUUUAUGUGUUACAUCAAUUUUCCAGUGUUGCAUUCACCCAAUAUUCAGGAAUAGUGCCAUAUACAUUUAAUUUAUGUUUUUACAAUCUAAUUUGAUUUGCAACUUUUUGUGUUCAAACGUACAUUUAUUUUUCAUUUAUUAUUUAUAUUGGUCUUUUCAUACAGAUCGUAAAUGCUAGUCAAUUCACAAACGCAAUCAACACGUUUCUGCUUAUUUAAAAAAGAGUAAAGGUUAUAUUAUAAAUAUAUCAUCACAUCACACACCUUGACAAUUUACAAAGUUAUGUACCUUUAUUCCGCCAAUAUACCUGAUAUAAUAAUUUUUAGUUCCGUAAUCGCAAUUUAUAAUAAUUACUAGCUUUACUUUAAUUAUUUGAAGUUUGUGAGUGAAAGUAUUGCACGUUCUGUCGGCUGAUGGAUGACGGCCAACUCUUUUUUGUGCUGAUAAGUGGGGCGAAUAAUGUAAAAAAAUAAUGCAUGAAGGACACAUGAAAAAACACCAAGAAGCUGACGCUAUUUCGCUAUUACAUAUAUCACAGGAUCCUCAUUUUGCAAUAUGCAAUUUGUCUCAACGAUGCUAGUCUGCAUUAGCUAAGGAUGGAUGGAAGUAAGGAUGAUGAGGAGGAGGAUAGAAAUCGUAUAGUAUUUAAGAAUAUUAAGUAAUAGCAUAUCUGUAAGGAUGAAUUGGAGGGGUAGCUGAACCAUUUGCCACGUUGCGUUAAUAAAGUAGUUGAGUGAGAAAGCUUAUUGACUUUAAAUUUUGAACCUUAAAAUAAGAAUGAUAUUUUUGGUGAUAUUAUGCGGCAAUUAGAGUGCUGAAUCAUUUUGUAUGUAGAAUAUAUAAUUAUAUCAAUAACGCCAUUUGAUGAUGACCAAUAGUCAAAUGCUUAAUUACAUACAAACAAAACAUUGCACCAACUCCAUUCUCCUCCCGUUCCACAAAUGGAGAAAGUAAAUUUGCGAGUGAAAGUUGCAGUAACUUUUUGACGCUGGCCAAGUUGCUUCAUGAUUGGGCAAUGUACGCUUGGGUAGCAUAAUUACUUAAUUUAUUUGUGUACAACAGCAAAUAAUGAUCCAAUAUUGUUAGUGGAGAUUUAUUGUGCUGGUGUGGUCACUAUAUAUUUCACCUGUAUUGAAAUGGAGCAUGUGCUAAUAAAAAAAGCGUUUUGAAA